AUAGCAGUGGCUUCCUCUUAGUUGACCAAUAAGUAUCUUAAUUCUUCCAGGAAAGCCACUCGCUUGAUUAUUUUUUAGGCAUUCGAAUAUCGCCUUCCAGGAUGUAUGGGAGGACGACUCUGAGGAUUUUGAGCUCCAGAGCGACCUUCCAUUAUCGAAGUGUAGAGAGAUUCUAUUGUGCAGCACGCCCUGGGCCGCAUUAUUGUAGAGGUCCUGCUAUGACAUGCCCAAAGGAAACAAGCUAUGCUGUGUUAGGUUGCAGAGAAACUUAUUUCUGGCAUUCACAUGGCUUUCAUGACUUCAGAUAUCAGGCUUAUGAAGAUAGAACUUCAGUAAUUGAGGAACCAUUGGACCCAUUUUCACUUGUUUCAGAUGAGCUAUCAGCCAUUGCAAAAAGAUUGAGGUUGAUGGUAGUUGCUGAGGUCCCAAAGUUGGCUCUAGCUACUGAAUGCUUUUUCAGAAUGGGAGCUCAGGGGAAAAGUUUCAGAGCUGCAGUCUUGCUGCUUAUGUCAAAGGCUUUGCCUAUGCCAUUACCACAAAUGACAGCUGAUGGAGUAUUUAUUUGCUUAAAGGAGCUGGAUGCGAGGCAUAAAUGUAUUGCGGAGACAGCUGAGAUGAUUUAUGUAGCAGGCCGCCUUCAUGAUAACGUUUUGGAUGAUGCAGAAACAAACUGUGUUAUGGGUUCAUUAAAUUCUGUGAUGGGGAACAAGUUGUCUGUGUUAGCAGGAGACUUCUUACUUUCACGAGCAUUUGUUGCACUUGCAAAUCUAAAGAAUACAGAGGUCAUAUCUUUGUUGGCAAUCGUUGUGGAACACCUUGUAAGCGGCGAAACAAUGCAAAUGACAACUUCAUUGGAGCAACGUCGCAGCAUGGAGUAUUACUUGCAGAAGACAUUCUAUAAGACAGCUUCUUUGUUUGCAAACAGUUGCAAGGCCAUUGCUUUCCUUGCAGGCCAAACCGCAGAAGUGGAACUGCUUGCUUAUAAUUAUGGAAGAAAUCUGGGCAUGGCAUAUCAGUUGAUUGAUGAUGUCCUUGAUUUUACUGGUUCAUCAAGUUCACUUGGCAAGGGCUCGUUGUCUGAUAUUAACAAAAAUAUUGUAACGGCUCCAAUUUUAUUUGCUAUGGAGGAGUAUCCUCAGUUGAGAGAAGUUGUUGAUCGAGGGUUUGGCAAUCGGUCAGAUGUUGAACUUGCACUUGACUACCUUCACAAGAGCAGAGGACUUGAUAGGACUAGAGAGUUAGCUGCAGAAUAUGCUGAUGAAGCUGUAAAAGCCAUUGAGGCACUCCCUCAAAGUGAUGAUGAGGAUGUGAUAAAAUCAAGAAGGGCUCUCGUGAAUCUUACUGGCAGGGUCAUCACAGGAACAAAGUGAAGUUCCCAUUCUUCCCAAGUGAAAUUAUUUCCUUCAACAUACAAUAAUUUUUUUGGUUUUUGCCAGAAAAUGUUACAGAUUUUGAUAGUUUUUAGCAUUGAGUUGCAUCUUGAACUAUCAAAAUUUUAUGAUUAUUUUGUUUUGUAAGUCACAGCAACAAUUCCUGAUAAGUUUAAACAAAUGUGUUGAAAUUUGUUGAACAGUAAGACUCAAUAAAUUAUCAUUCUUGAUCAUUA